AGGCUCCGUAGCACCGGGGCUCUGCUUGCGAUCGGCGUCCGGAGAUCGGGUUCAUGUCAAAAAUCUACAUUUGAACUCGACGGCACGCCCUUUACUCGACUCGGCCUCCCUUUCAUCUACAAAGUAAUGGAUCCUAAGUGAGGCUAUAACAAAGAGAUUCGGAAUUAUAAUUCAUCUACCCGAGGACGAUACCGAGGAUAUUUCUUUCUCUAGGUUAGGGUUAUAAGCUAGCUGGCUGACCUGUCUGGUUCUUCAUUGUGUCCUUCUCAUCCUGUUUUUUUUCUUUCUUUUUUUCCAUUUCAUAGCACCUUACGAGACGAGACGAGACGAGGCGGAAUCUAAGAUAAUCGGGAUGGAUUCAAAUGGUGGACAACAGCAGGAAAAUGACCUGGAUGCAAAGCCGACUGUGUGCUUUCUAGGUCCGGUCUCAUCUUAUACGCACCAGGCUACGCUAGAUACAUUUCCCACAGACAAAUUUAACUUCCUUCCCGUAGAGACUAUCAAAGACAUCUUCGACACAACGCAAUCCGGCCGCGCAGCCUGCGGUGUCGUGCCCUUCGAGAACUCGUCCAACGGCUCCGUGGUGUUUACCCUGGACCAGUUCGCCGACCGCGCCGGCGAGUAUCCCGAUCUAGCCGUGUGCGCCGAGAUCUACCUCGACGUGCACCACUGCCUAGUCGGCCAUUACAACCACAGCCACCCCCUAAACCUAACGCACGUCAGACGCGUGUACAGCCACCCCCAGGCCUUCGGGCAGUGCACCAAGUUCCUACGCGAGACCCUACGGGGCGUCGAGACCGUAGACGUUAGCUCGACCAGCCGCGCCGCUACCCUGGCCAGGGAAGAUGCGACCGGCACAAGCGCGGCCAUCUCAAGCGCUGCCGCGGCGCAGAUGCUCGGCCUGGAUAUCCUGGCGCGCAACAUCGAGGACCGCGAGGACAACACGACGCGGUUUUUCGUAGUGCGGCGCGGCGGCGGCGCCUCUCCCGCGCCUAUCCCGGCGCUCGAAGAAGUCCUCGGCAAGCGGCGGCGACGACAACACCAAAACACAGAUGCGCAUCAAGACGGCGACAUCUACUCGCAAAGCAAAUCCCUCGCGUCCUUCACCGUCCCGCACCGAUCCCCCGGCGCCCUCGCCGACGUGCUCGAGUGCUUCCGCCGCGCGCGCCUCAACCUAACCAGCAUCAACAGCCGGCCGAGCCUAGCGCAGCCCUUCCAGUACGUCUUCUUCGUCGAGUUCGAGGGCCAUCGGCUGCGGGAUCCCGAGGGUCGGGUGCGUGAUGCGCUGGCUAGUGUUGCGGCUGUGGCGCAGAGUUGUCGGUGGUGGGGGAGUUGGGAUAAUAUGCGGUAAGGGGGGGAAGUGCAUCUGUCUGGGUGUAUUGAUGAAAUAAUAGUCUUGUUUGGAGUGGGACGGAAUAGAG